AAUAUUCCCAUAUCUAGUAGCAAUAGAAAAUCCAAUUACUGUAGGUUAUGAAGAAUUAAUAUAUUGGAAUAGAAUUGACAAAUUGUCACUAAAAAAAUGACGCUGUAUCAUUUUGGUAACUGUGUGGCACUUGUUUAUGUACCAUAUUACUUGACCUAUAAGUAUUCCGGUCUAUCUGAAUACGGAGCUUUUUGGAAAUGCAUACAAGCAGGAGGCAUCUACAUAUUCACACAACUUGUAAAAAUGUUAGCAUUAGCUACAUUCUUCCCCACAGCUGACAAUGUGGGCCAUGAGAGUUUCGACUUUUUCGGGGAAUUUUUAAAAUACUCGAUAGACCUCGCAGACCUGGUAGGAAUUCUUGUUGUCCUGAAUGGAAUUCCGGGUAAAGGUCACGCAAAGGUUUUGACAGCCGGAAUUGGCUGGGCAGGAGCGGAUGUGCUUCUCACCAGGUUUCUCCUCCUCUGGGUGGGCGCAAGAGGUGCUGAAUUCGACUGGAAAUACAUUCAGAAGAGUUUAGAGUCAAAUAUCUCCCUAGUUCAACACAUAACAACUGCAACAUUGGUCUGGCUCUGGUCAAGACAUGAUUUAAAGAAAGGAUUGGUACCUCUGGUCGUAGCAAUGCUGUUGUUAACUGUCUACAGACCACUAAUUUUGGACUUAUUGGUGUCUUUGUUACUCGCUGGGCCCUGGUCAUCACUGCUCAUCAAAGCUACAACAACACUCUUCAUGGGGGCCAUUACAUUACACAUGUACGCGGGAUUAGCUCAUUCGAUUGGGAUUUUUUAGAUUUUUUAAUAUAAUUAUUACGGUAUCCGUAUGCCAUGUGUACACAGAUUAAUUGAUAAAAUACAUUUAAGAAUAAUUACAAGAA